AUGAUUUUCCUUACCCAGCAGCUCGCGCUGCAAUUAAGGGAGGAACUAGAAGGAACUCGGGCACAGGUACUAGCCUAUGAAUCCGAAGGAUACGCAAAGAGCAUCCAGAGAUGGAGCGACACAUGCGAAAAGGAAGCUGGCGCCAUCGUCCGAGUAACGUCUACAUCUGAAGUAUCAAUCGUGAUAAAAUUCGCGAGAAAACACCAUGUUAAGUUCGUUGUCGAGGCUGGAGGGCAUUCUACUACAGGAGCUUCGGCUUCGCAUGGCGGCAUAGUUAUUAGCAUGACGACGAUGCGAAACGUGAUGACUGAUCCGGCGUCGCAUACCGUCUGUGUUCAAGGAGGUGCUACCUGGGAAGAUGUCAAUAACUCCACUGCAAAUUACGGGCUGGCAGUCGUGGGACCGACUGCUAAUCAGACUGGGGUCGGCGGGUCGACGUUGGGAGGCGGAUAUGGCUGGCUGACCGGCCAGUACGGGUUGAUCAUCGACCAGCUCCUCAGCGCGAAGAUGGUCCUAGCAGACGGCAGUGUUGUCGAGGCCUCUGAAGAGAAUAACCCCGACUUAUUCUGGGCCGUCCGGGGAGCAGGACAGGCAUUCGGCGUGGCUACGGAGUUUGUCUUUCGCGCGCACUCGAUACGCCCCAGUAUGUUUGGCGGAACUAUCUAUUUCACUAUGGACAAGCUUCCCGAUAUCGUUCGCUUCGCCAAUAAGUUCUAUGAGAAACAGGAUCCAAAGAGCGGGCUUUUCUUUGGCUUCAGAGCUCAUCCUUCGGUCGACCGUACGGCGGUCGUGGCCCUUCUUUUCUACUACGGGACCCGUGCUGAGGGUGAAUCCUUCUUCGCAGAUCUCCUGUCCAUUGAUGCAGCGGCGACAAAAACCGAUAUGAUGUCUUAUGCAGAUAUCCAGGCUAUGGGAAACAUUGAGCCCAUCUCGCAUGGUCGCAAAAACAUUGAUGGUGCGGCCGUGACAUUCCCGCUACCUAUGGAGCGGUAUCUCGCGGUCUAUGACCAUUUUGACCACAUCCUACAGUCGUAUCCUGAAGCGAAAAGUAGUGAAAUAGUAUUUGAAUUGCUACCAUACGCAAAAGCGGCUGAGGUCCCCCUCGACGCAACAGCAGCCACGAAUCGGGGGCCGUACUGCAAUAUUGGCUUGAUACUGUGCUGGAGCAACCCUGAGCUCGAUAGGAGGAUAGUCACCCUAAAGCACGCCAUUCUAGAGAUAUUCACACCGGAGGCAAGUGCGAAGGAUGAGAGCUAUGCUGAAAAGUACCCGAAUUAUGCUGGACAUGAUGUCCAUGCGAGUCAAUUAUUCCGUGACAAUCUCGAUCGACUCCGGGCCUUGAAGAAAAGGUAUGAUCUGGAAAACAUAUUUCGACAUUGGCAUGAUCUACUUCGAUAGUGAUGUAGUCUUGACACUACAUAAUCAGCCCUGCCUAUUGAGAAUACCAUCUAGAACCAUCCCAGGAGUCUAGAAGUAAUAGGUGACCGCUCGUAGGAUGCAGAUUUAAUGUUGCG